AUGUCUCUCGAACCGCCUCCCGGCGCCCCUGCGCCUGCCAAUGCCCCUGCGCACCCGAACAACGGCCAGACCGCGUCUGCCAGCUCGCGCCCAUGGCCCGCCGCAACGAGCCCGGCUUCCUCGACCACGCUGCACUCCCUCAAGCCCACCGCUGUCCCCUCCGCGACCUCGACCGCUGCUUCGUCCGCCUCGCCAGGCGGCCUUCCCCGAAUACCCUCCGGCUUCUCCGCCUCUACCGAGGAGAUCCUGCGGCGCGUCAGCGCGAAUGCCUCGGCGCAUGUCGGCACGCCGGGCUACGAGGCUGCGCGCGAGCAGGUGCUGAAGAGCAUGGUCACCAGUGACAAGAUCCCCACCCCGCCGCCAAUGGCCGCUACCAAGAGAGGAGCCCGCGGCGCUUCCAAGACCGCAUUGGCGAGCUCGUCCACGCCGCGGCCAGAGAGCGCUGCCGGCGCGGGGGAGAGCAGCGCGACGCCCGCGUCCGUUGCGAGUGCGACAUCUGCGAGAGGGCGAGGCAGUGGCCGAGGCCGUGGGCGCGGGGGGUCGAGAGGAGGCAAGAGAAAACGGGCAGACACGCCGGACAGUGAGGACGACUCGGACAUUUCUUCUUCAUAUACUCCGCUACCUACAAAAACGAAGUCAGGCCGCAACGUCACGAAGCCCACGCAGUUCAUGCCUGUACUCCCCUCCCCUUCGACCGCUACCAGAAAGAAGCGCCCAAAUCGUCGCCCGACCGAGAUGAGCGUCUGCAGGGUGUGCCAACGAGGCCACAGCCCCAUAAGCAAUAUGAUAGUUUUCUGCGACGGGUGCAACUCGGGCUACCAUCAAUAUUGCCAUCAGCCCGAGAUUGACCGGGAGGUCGUGCAGGUGACCGAAAAGGAAUGGUUUUGCGGAGCUUGCGUCGCGCUGAGGAGAAAGCAAGACGAGGCAAUACCCAAUGUGAAUGAGUUGGUUUCGGGCCAGAGUCUGACGAGAGAAGAAAAGCGGGCUUACUUCUCAACACUAUCAACCGCAAAGCUUACGGAGCUAUUACUCCACGCCACCGAUAUAUAUCACGACCUUCCGGUCUUCGCGCCAAAUUCUAGGAGCCUUGCCGGCGCCACGGGAGCAGCAGCAAGACAAUUUGGCGCUACUAUGACGAAUCACGCCAUGACCGACAGUGCUGCCAUUCAAACGAACCACAGUGCUGCCCUCAAUAACGCCAAUUUCGCCACCAGCCACAACCAGACCCAAACCAUCAACCCCGCAACAACGACAUCAGUACCGCCGCCUUCCGCGCUAGCAAUCUCAAGCACUUCGUCCAUCACCCCGGCUGCCACCACGCUGAAUCAAACACAUUCCCCGUCCACUCUCCUCGAUCCAGAGCCGGAAGAUGCAGGCGUAGAUGAGGCGGACGAUCCGUAUGGCGAUGGUGACGGGUAUGACUCGGAUCCGCCCGCUCAUUAUCCAAAGCCAGGGCAUGGCUUGGCACGCACAUUACGACCCGAGAGCGAGGAUCUGCAAUGGCUCGUUGACGACAACCUCGAGGUCUUUAGCCACGUCUACACCAAUGACGGGCAAAGCGGGCUCAAUGGAUUCGGGCCGGACGGCGCGAUUGACUUAGCGGGCGCCGAGGCGGCUGCGGCGCCUUGA